AUGCACCCUCAAGCAUAUCACGAUCCAGUACGGGAUGAAAAGUUAGCAGAUCCAGAUACUUUGGUACCCCUAGCGGCCACUCUUGUCAUUCCAGCCAAAGUUAACGCACCAGAGGUCGAGGAGCAAAUGGCGGAUGAGAGAACAAUUAUGGGCGAGCAAGGUCUUAGUAAACUGGAUGUCGAGGCGCCAUUUGAUGGACAUAACGAUGUUGAUAAUGAGCAACCUUAUGGGUGGGUCGUUGUUGCGGCCGCCUUCUUUGUCCAGGCCAUCGUCGUCGGUACAGUCAACGGAUACGGUGUCUACCAGGAUCAAUAUAUCACCCACGAAUAUAACACCUCGUCAACAUUCGAACUUUCAUGGGUCGGUACACUAAACGUGGUCGGCAUGGACUUGUCAGGACCUAUCACAGGACAAAUUGCUGACCACUUUGGAUACCGGAUCAGUGCCUUUGUCGGUGCCCUCAUCAUGGGCGCAUCCUUGAUCGCCACGUCCUUCUCGACAAAGGUCUGGCAACUGUACAUCUUUCAGGGUAUUAUAUACGGAUUAGGUGCCAGCUUGGCUUUCUUCCCGUCCCUGAGUUUGCCCUCACAGUGGUUCAAAAAGCGUCGUGGAUUCGCAACCGGAAUCGCCGUUGCAGGAGGAGGCUUCGGAGGACUCAUCAUCUCGCCCGUCACCACCGCACUCUUCACAAAGAUCGGAUAUCGCUGGACAGUCCGGACCAUGGCGAUCGUCCACCUCGUCAUCAUCAUCCCUGCGUCAGUACUCUUCAGGGGCCGCGUCGAGUCUGGAAAGGAUCGCGCGAAACGACUGAAGCAAGGGCAAUCGGCUCGGGAAUUGGCUGCGACCAGCGAGAAGGAGCUUCAGGAGUUGAAGGAUACUGCGGCGAGGGUCCCGAAGCCGAAGCGACAGAUCAUAGAUUUCUCAGUGCUGAAGGAAGUUCGGUUUUUGAUCCUUGUUAGCGCUUCUUUCUUUGUUGCUAAUGGGUACUUUAAUCCCUACUACUUCUUCCCAACCUAUGCGCAAAAGAACGGAGCGUCAGUAUCGACAGCCUCAUUGCUGAUCGGUAUCCUGAACGGAUCGAGUGCACUGGGACGAGUGACAAUGGGUCUGGCGAGUGACUACAUCGGCGACAUCAACACGCUCCUCAUCUCGACCCUUUUCGCCUCGCUGAGUAUCCUUAUCGUAUGGAUGCUUGCCGGCACCUCCAUCGCCAUGAUGACCAUUUUCUGUAUCCUCUACGGCUUUUUCUCUGGUUCCUAUGUCGCCAUCGUCCCUACCGUCGCCGCUCGUCUCUGUGGUAUCAGCAAUUUGGCGAGUAUGACAGGAAUCGUGUAUGGAGGCAUUGCACUAGGAACUUUGAUCGGCUCACCUGUCGGAGGCGCAUUAUUGGAUAUCAGUCAAGGGGUGAACUACCGUCCACUGCAGCUCUGGGCUGGUCUUGUCAUGGUUGUCGGCAUCGUCUUGAUCGUCAUCCUCAAGUUCAUGAUGAACCCCAAGCCAUGGGGAAAGGUGUAG